AUGAUAACGGCGACGGACUUCUACCACGUCAUGACGGCGAUGGUUCCGUUAUACGUAGCCAUGGUCCUCGCUUACGGCUCAGUCAAAUGGUGGAAAAUCUUCACACCGGACCAGUGCUCCGGCAUCAACCGCUUCGUCGCUCUCUUCGCCGUCCCUCUCCUCUCUUUCCACUUCAUCGCCGCCAACAACCCUUACAAGAUGAACCUCCGUUUCCUCGCCGCCGACUCCCUCCAGAAAAUCAUCGUCCUCUCUCUCCUCUUCCUCUGGUGCAAGCUCAGCCGCAACGGCUCCCUAGACUGGACCAUCACUCUCUUCUCCCUCUCCACUCUCCCCAACACGCUCGUCAUGGGGAUUCCUCUCCUCAAAGGCAUGUACGGCGACUUCUCCGGCGACCUCAUGGUCCAAAUCGUCGUCCUCCAGUGCAUCAUCUGGUACACGCUCAUGCUCUUCCUCUUCGAGUACCGCGGCGCGAAACUCUUGAUCUCCGAGCAGUUUCCCGACACGGCUGGAUCUAUUGUCUCGAUCCACGUCGAUUCCGACAUUAUGUCGUUGGACGGUCGGCAACCGCUUGAGACCGAGGCUGAGAUUAAAGAAGACGGGAAGCUCCACGUCACUGUCCGUCGCUCCAACGCCUCGAGGUCUGAUAUCUACUCGAGAAGGUCUCAGGGCUUAUCAGCGACUCCUCGGCCUUCGAAUCUCACCAACGCGGAGAUUUAUUCGCUGCAGAGCUCGAGAAACCCGACGCCACGUGGCUCGAGCUUUAACCAUACCGAUUUUUACUCGAUGAUGGCCGCUGGUGGAGGACGGAGCUCAAACUUCGGUCCCGGAGAAGCUGUUUUCGGUUCCAAGGGACCAACUCCUCGGCCGUCUAACUUCGAGGAAGACGGUGGCGCUAAACCGACUUCUGCCGGAACCGCCGCUGGAGCUGGGAGGUUUCAUUAUCAGUCCGGAGGAGGGAGUGGUGGUGGUGGAGCAGCGCAUUAUCCGGCGCCGAAUCCAGGGAUGUUCUCUCCGCAGACAGGCGGCGGAGGUACGGCGGCGAAAGGAAACUCUCCGGUGGUCGGUGGGAAGAGAGGGAACGGGCAAGACGGAAACGGGAGAGAUCUUCAUAUGUUUGUGUGGAGCUCAAGCGCUUCUCCGGUCUCAGACGUGUACGGCGGAGGAGCAGGAAACCACCACAACGACUACGCCGCCGCUACGAACGAUCAGCAUAAAGACGUUAAGAUCUCUGUACCCCAGGGGAAUAGUAACGACAACCAAUACGUGGAGAGGGAAGAGUUUAGUUUCGGUAACAAAGAUGAUGAUAGCAAAGUUUUGGCUACGGAUGGUGGAAACAACAUAAGCAACAAGACGCAGCAGCAGCAGGCAAAGGUUAUGCCACCAACGAGUGUAAUGACAAGACUCAUUCUCAUUAUGGUCUGGAGGAAACUCAUCCGUAACCCAAACUCUUACUCCAGUUUAUUCGGCAUCACCUGGUCACUUAUUUCCUUCAGGUGGAACAUUGAAAUGCCAGCUCUUAUAGCAAAGUCUAUCUCCAUACUCUCAGAUGCAGGUCUAGGCAUGGCUAUGUUCAGUCUUGGGUUGUUCAUGGCGUUAAACCCAAGAAUCAUAGCGUGUGGAAACAGGAGAGCAGCUUUUGCGGCGGGGAUGAGAUUUCUUGCCGGACCUGCUGUCAUGACCGUUGCUUCUUACGCCGUCGGCCUCCGUGGUGUCCUCCUCCGCGUCGCCAUCAUCCAGGCAGCUUUGCCGCAAGGAAUUGUACCUUUUGUGUUCGCGAAGGAGUACAAUGUGCAUCCGGACAUUCUUAGCACUGCUGUGAUAUUUGGGAUGCUGAUAGCGUUGCCCAUAACUUUGCUCUACUACAUUCUCUUGGGGCUAUGA